CAUCCUCUCAUUUACAAUCCUCAUUUCUUGUCAUUCCAAUCCAUAGCCGCGAAUCGUAGACGGACUGUUAGGCAUUACCAAACACAACACCCUACUGAAUUAAAUACCAUCGCUUCGCCUCCGACAAUAAUCACCUCAUCAACAUGAGCUGGUGGUGGGCCGGCGCUAUUGGCGCCGCCAAGAAGAAAUUUGACGAAGAUGAUGCACCGCGAAGCUUCCAGAGUGUGGGCCUUGUGUUGGGCGUGACUGGCAUCGUCGGUAACAGCCUAGCUGAAAUCCUCCCGCUUUCUGACACCCCCGGUGGCCCGUGGAAAGUUUACGGUGUCGCACGCCGUCCCCGGCCCAACUGGAACGCCGACCAUCCUGUAGAGUAUGUCCAGUGUGACAUCUCCGAUCAGGCUGAAACCCAAGCCAAGUUAUCCCAGCUCACUGAUGUCACUCACAUCUUCUAUGUCUCCUGGGCUAACCGAUCAUCGGAGGCCGAGAACUGCGAGAUUAACGGUAGCAUGCUCCGGAACGUCCUUCAGGCAGUCAUCCCCAACGCCCCUAAUCUCGGCCACAUCUGCCUUCAAACAGGGACUAAACACUAUGUGGGUCCAUUCGAGUUGUUUGGCAAGAUCCAACCGCAUGAUCCGCCGUUCACGGAGGAUCUACCCAGAUUGAAUGUGCCCAAUUUUUACUACACCUUAGAGGAUAUCUUGUUUGAGGAGGCAGCGAAGAAGGAGGGAUUGACUUGGUCCAUUUCCAGACCUGAUCAGAUUUUUGGGUUUUCUCCAUACAGCUUGAUGAAUAUUAUUGGUACACUUUGUGUUUACGCCGUUAUAUGUAAACACGAAGGGUUGCCUUUGCUGUUCCCUGGAACUAAACAAGCCUGGAAUUGUUACUCGAUUGCCUCAGAUGCUGAUCUGAUCGCGGAGCAACAUAUUUGGGCAUCAGUGGAUCCUUACGCAAGAAAUGAAGCCUUUAAUUGCAACAAUGGAGAUGUGUUCAAGUGGAAGCAUUUCUGGAAAAUUUUGGCAGAGGAGUUUGGGAUUGAGAAAUACGGGUUUGAGGAAGGAGAAAAGAGAUUGAGUUUGGUGGAGAUAAUGAAGGAUAAGGGUCCAGUAUGGGAAGAGAUAGUGAGGGAGUAUCAGCUGCAUCCCACCAAGUUGGAGGACGUGGGUGUGUGGUGGUUUGCUGAUUUGAUAUUGGGUGGUGAAGCUGUGAUAUCGAGCAUGAAUAAGAGCAAGGAGCACGGGUUUUUGGGGUUCAGAAAUUCCAAGAAUUCCUUCAUUUACUGGAUAGAUAAAAUGAAGGCUUAUAAGAUUGUGCCUUGAUGAUGUUGGUGGAAUUUGAAUUUGCUGUUGUCCAAAAAUAAAGUUGAAGAAAAUAAUGUAUCCGUACAAUGUGUGUGUUCUGAGUUCUGUUUGUUUUGUCAUGUUUAAAGAAAAUAAUUUAUGUGCAUUUCUGA